CAGUACCCCCAAGGGCAGCAACGUUCGCGAUUCUUCUGCAACCUCUGACUUUGUCUUUGGAUGUUCAGCGAAUCCGCCACUCGACACUUGUUAUGGAAUGCUCCAAAUCAAGGAUAUCAAUGGAAGUGUACUUCUCUCGAAUCUCUCUGUUAGCCCGCGGGCUGUCGAUCAGCCUUCUAUAACCCGAGGAUCGCGUUCGUUAUUCAACCGGCCUUGGCCCGUGACUAUCGCUAUCUUGCCUAUCACAUCGUGUCUCAGUCUCAGUUUGAGACCCUGCCCGGUCCUCUUCGCAAUAGCAGGGGUAAAUUGUGGUUCUAUAUCUAACCUCCACAAUAAAUCCACCUCAACGCGAGCGUCAUCACAGUUAUGGAAAAAAUCGAAGCUGUGGACAUCGAAACAGUUUCGCUCGGAGCCAUCCUUUUCGAGGGAAUUAUGCAAUGCACCUGCCAAGGCGUGAUCUUCGCCCAGGUGUGCAGGUACUGGGAGAUACCCUUGGAUGACACCGGUCGCAUGAAAGCCUUCGUAGCGGUGUUGCUCAUCUUAGCAAGUCUACAAACAGGCCUUACGAUUUACAAACUUUGGCACGCUCUCGUAGAGCACCUUCAUUGGUCAAAGAGCCCACUCUACUUCUGCGACAUACUCUUGAACGGACUAAUCUGCACCAUCUCCGAAACAUUUCUUGUUCGAAGAUGCUGGAAGGCCACGUCGAAAAACAGAUGGGUCCUCGUCGGGUUAGCAUCCAUAGCUGCAACAGCCUUCGUGGCGAUCUUAUAUCUGUCCAUCGCCAUUGCUAGGGGUACGAGGAGCACUUUUCCAAAAUCCAACAAUGCACGUAUCCCCCUGAUGAGCGAUCUUUUCUUUGAUACUGUGCUUGCCUUCAAUGUCUGGAUCUUCGCGUCGCUUGUGCUGGACUUGUCCGUGACGUCGAUCCUGAUGGUGUAUCUCUGGAAGUCGAAAACGGGGCUUGGUUACCUGGAUAAAGCCUUGAAGCACAUCAUAGGCAUAACCUGGGAAUCGGCAGCGAUCCCGUCAAUAUUGAUGAUCAUCUCCGUCAUCCUGUAUCACUGUAAAGCGGUCAGUGCUCUUGUCACCUUCGAUACUUGCUUGCGACCGCUGACUUGGUCGCGUCCACUCGAAGCCGGUGGAGCGACGCCUUUCCUUGCCAUUCAUUCUCCUGACCGGGAAAUUUUACAUCCUGGGUAUGCUCCGAACACUCAACUCUCGCCCGAAGCUCCGUGA